ACCUUUAUUUGCAAAAGUCAACUCUCUCUCUCAUCUUCUUCUCUUAUCAACUUCAACUUGUCUUCCUUCUUCACCAUCCACUUCUCCCCUCCUCUCUCUCUCUCUCUCUCUCUCUCUUGCUUCCUAGUUCCCACUAAUAAUUCAACACCAAUCCAACAUGAAUAACAACUUGUAACAACUAGCAACCUUAAAACGUGUUAUUUCUCUGUAUUCUUUUGAUUCUUUUGUUUUUUCUUCUUCUGUGGUGUGUUGCUAUGGGUAACGGAUUAGGAAAAUUAACGGUAUGUUUCACCGGCAACAACGGUGGUCGGAAACAUGACAUAUCAAUUUUAAUAACUGACCCUUUAGACGAAGGACUUGGUCACUCUUUCUGUUACGUUAGACCCGACCCGACCCGGUUAUCUUCAUCAAAGGUUCACUCCGAAGAAACAACAACCUUCAGAACAAUUUCCGGCGCUUCCGUCAGCGCCAACACGUCGACUCCUCUAUCAACGGCGUUCAUGGAUUUAUACUCCUACGGUUGUUUCGAUAGAGCAGCAGCUUUCGAGAGUUCAACUUCCUUCGCUUCUCUUCCUCUUCAACCGAUUCCGAAGAAUCUGAUGGGUUCGGGUCAAUUUUCCGGUAACCUCGGAGGUGGUGGGUUCGCGACUUCCGGUCCGAUCGAGCGUGGUUUCAUGUCCGGUCCGAUCGAGCGUGGGUUUAUGUCCGGUCCAAUCGACCGUGGUUUAUUUUCCGGUCCGAUUGAAAAAGAAAGCACCGGUUCCGAUCAGUUUCAGAGAAGCUUCUCUCACGGUGGUUUGGGAUUCACCGUUAGACCUAGAACGAGAAAAGAAAAAUGGAUUCGUGUUCUUCAGAGAGCGAUUUUGAAGACUCUGUCUCGUAAACAGAAUUCUAUGGUUAGUGUUACUCCGAUCAAAGGAGUCACCGUUAAGGAGCCACCGGAGUGGAUCCUUACUGCGGAAAAGCAUAACGAGAAUUUGACGGUGAGUAGUUUGAAUUUGAGUAGUGAGGGUAGUUUGGAAGAUGAUGAUUCAUUGGGUAGUCAGAAUCUUCAAUGGGCUCAGGGGAAAGCAGGGGAAGAUCGUGUUCAUGUUGUUGUUUCUGAGGAACAUGGUUGGGUUUUUGUUGGGAUCUAUGAUGGUUUCAACGGUCCUGAUGCACCUGAUUAUUUAAUUUCAAAUCUUUACUCUAAUGUGCACAAAGAAUUAAAAGGGUUGCUUUGGGAUGAUGGGUGUGCACAAGAUAGUUUGAAUUUCAAUUCAAUUGAUGAUGUUGAUGUUGUUGAGAAAGAUGAUAGCUUUUUAGAUUAUUGUUCUCAGUGUGUUGAUCAGGAGAAUAAUAGUAAUAAUAAUAAUCAUGCUUGUGUAAGUGGUGAUUUGAUUUUGAAGAACAAAAAAAGAGGGAAGAAUUCGAAGAACAAGUACAAAGAUUCGGCGAAGAAACACGAGGAGAAUCAGAAGAGGUGGAAGUGUGAAUGGGAUAAGGAAAGGUUAGAGCUUGAUAGAAGAUUAAAGGAACAAUUGAGUUUGAGUCGAUCCGAGUCUAAUGGUGGUGGCAACAACAAUUGUGUUAAUCAUUCGGAUGUUUUGGAAGCUCUUUCGCGAGCUUUGAACAAAACUGAGGAGUCUUAUCUUGAUGUUGCUGAUAAGAUGGUGAUGGAGAAUCCAGAACUUGCUUUAAUGGGUUCAUGUGUCCUUGUAAUGUUGAUGAAAGGGGAAGAUGUUUAUGUGAUGAAUGUUGGAGAUAGUAGAGCUGUGUUGGCUCAAAAAGCUGAACCUGAUUAUUGGAUUGGGAAAAUUAGACAGGAUUUGGAAAGGAUUAAUGAAGAGACAAUGCAUGAUCUUGAAUCAUGGGAUGAUGCUGAUAAAUCAAAUUCUGUUCCUAGUUUAAGUGCUUUUCAGCUUACUAAAGAUCAUAGUACCAAUGUUGAGGAGGAAGUUACCAGAAUAAUAAAAGAACACCCUGAUGAUCCUUGUGCUGUUGUCAAUGAUCGUGUUAAGGGAUCUCUUAAGGUUACAAGAGCAUUUGGUGCUGGAUUUCUCAAACAGCCCAAAUGGAACAAUGCACUUUUGGAGAUGUUUAGAAUAGACUAUGUGGGAAAUUCUCCUUACAUAAGUUGCCAACCAUAUCUUAAACACCACAGAUUAGGCCAAAAAGACAAAUUUUUGAUUUUAUGCUCCGAUGGACUCUAUCAAUACUUGUCAAACGAAGAAGCAGUUGCUGAAGUUGAGCUUUUCAUCACAUUGCAACCCGAAGGUGACCCAGCUCAGCAUUUGGUUGAAGAAGUCUUGUUUCGUGCCGCAAAGAAAGCUGGUUUGGACUUUCACGAGUUGCUCGAAAUUCCACAAGGCGAUAGGCGGCGUUACCACGACGAUGUUUCCAUCAUAGUUAUUUCUUUGGAAGGAAGGAUAUGGAGAUCAUGUGUAUAAUAAGUAUAAUGAAAACCAUCCGUAAAUUACUACUCUAUUUAAAUUUAAAUAUAAGCAAAAGAUACAUGUAUUUGAUCUAAAUUUAGACUGCAUACAUAUAACUUUUCACUUAUAUUUAACUUCAGAUGGAGUAAGAUCAUCAUAUCAUAUAUAUAAAAAACAGAAGAGGAUAUAUAUGACUUUUUGCUCUUACCCCUCUCUCCCUCCUCAAGAAUGCCUAUAAAAUUAAUUGUGCAAUUGAGUGGGUGGUGAGGAUUGUAAAGUUGUAAAACAUGGAUUUUGUUGAUUAUUAUAACUCUCACAUAAAAAUGUAAUUUUGUAAUAAAAAAUGUCAUUCCUUAAAAAAUCUUUUAGUCGUGCCUCAAGCACUAGCACCCUCCA